GUUGGCUCAGGGUGGCAGGGAGGGGAAGGGUCCGGCGUCGGCCGCCCGCAAUCCCCCUUUCCCCCCUCUCCGCCGCUCCUCAGGCCGCGCCGCCUCUGGAACCCCUUCGCCGGCGCGGGGACAGCGGACCGGGGGGCCCGGGGCGAGGCCGGCAGCGGUGGGGGAGGGGGCUGCCUGGUCUCGGCCCCCGAGAGGGGAGGGGCGACAAUUUCUGUCCGCCGAGCUAAAGGGGUUUAAAGGGCGGCUCUUAAAGGGGCCGCAGAAGGGGUCCAGGGGCCCCGAGGAGGCACCCCCCUCCCCACCCGCCUGCCGUCGCUCUGGCGCGGGGCCGCUGGGCAGAGGCGAGAAUGCGGAGGAAGCAAACGCGGGUCGGGGCAGCCCUGGGGGCAGAGCCUCUGCUAGUGGGAUUGGGCCCAAGGUGGCCGGCCGCGGGGGUCGGGGGUGUGGUGAGCGCUGGCGGGCAGAGUUGGGGGAGAGAGGAUGGGCCUGGGGAGGAGAGGGUUAAAGGUGGGGCCAGCCCCACAAACACGCGCACACACUCCUCGCUCAGACCCGGUCACAGGCGUUCCCCUGGCACUUCAUGAGGGGCGGUGUUGGAGCCUGGGCCUGAACCCUCCCCAUCCCAGGCUCCUGCUGCCAGGCUUUGGGGGUUCGCAGACCCCACGGCCUCAACUCACACCUCGGGAGCCCCCUCUCCUAACUCGCACACACGCUCCGGCGCGCGCGCACACACCUCGGACAUUCCCAUAGUGCCUCACGUGACACACGGCCCCGAACGUGCCCACCCUUCACACACGCUCACGCACGCGUGCACACACUCGCACACACAAACACUCACGGCCUCCUAGCCACUUCCCCACUCCACCCGACCCCCACCCGAAGCCCCGCUAAGGCACUCAUUGACUGUGACACACCUACACUCAUUCACAGACGCACACACUCCCCCCACACAUGCCAACCACAGACACACAUUCAUAAACAGGGCCAGAAGAAGUACACACGCACCCCCUCGCCUACUCUUUCGGGAGCCCUGAGUCAUUCCUGCCCCCUCCCAGGGCUCCCCAUUUCCCUCUGUGCAGGCACACAGGCCAGGCUUAGGAAUUUUUUGUCAUUCCUCUUCACCUGUGCCAGGCCCUCUCCCAGAACCCCCUUCCCCACUGGGUUCCCUCAGACACCCCUCGGACACGACACUCAAGCCGAGGCCUUCCUGUGGGUCCCAAGUCAAGGGUGAGGAGGGCCUGGAGGGUUGCCACAUACACCACCACCCCGCUUCAUGCGAGUGGGGGAGGCACUUCCUUUUCCUGAACUCUGGGAUCCUACCGGAGGAAGCUGGGAACUUGGGCGGGGGCCCAGCAGAGGAUGUGCUGGUGGGACUGACCCUCCCAGAAGCGCUGGGCCUUCCUUAGGGAGGAGCCAGGGUUGCCAGAGGCCUGACAUGAGGAGCUUGGCAGAGAGGAGGCCCAGGGUGGGCUGCUGCCCAGACCCUUGCCAUGGAGUCCAUGUUUGAGGAUGACAUCAGCAUCCUGACCCAGGAGGCCCUGGGGCCCAGUGAGGUGUGGCUGGAUGCCCCUGGAGACCCCUCGCUGGGGGGGGACAUGUGCUCCGCCUCCCACUUUGCCCUGAUCACAGCCUACGGAGACAUCAAGGAGCGGCUGGGGGGCCUGGAGAGGGAGAAUGCCACUCUCCGCCGCCGCCUCAAAGUCUACGAGAUCAAGUACCCGCUGAUCAAUGACUUUGGCGAGGAGCACGGCUUCUCUCUGUAUGAAAUCAAGGAUGGCUCCCUGCUGGAGGUGGAGAAAGUCAGCCUGCAGCAACGGCUCAACCAAUUCCAGCGUGAGUUGCAGAAGAAUAAGGAGCAGGAAGAACAGCUCGGGGAGAUGAUCCAGGCUUACGAGAAGCUCUGCGUGGAGAAGAGUGACCUGGAGACGGAGCUGGGGGAGAUGCGGGCCCUGGUGGAGACCCACCUGCGGCAGAUCUGUGGCUUGGAGCAGCAGCUGCGGCAGCAACAAGGCGUCCGGGACACAGCCUUCCCCAGCCUGAGCCCCCCACCUGCCCCUGCCCCGCCCUGUGCUGAUCUGGACCUGCACUACUUGGCACUGAGAGGGGGAUCCGGCUUGAAUCACGGCUGGCCAGGCCCCACGCCGAGCAUGAGUGAGCUGGAGCGGCGGCGGCUAGAAGAGGCUCUGGAGGCUGCCCAGGGAGAGGCCCGGGGGGCUCAGCUCCGGGAGGAGCAGCUCCAGGCUGAGUGUGAGCGGCUACAGGGCGAACUGAAGCAGCUGCAGGAGACUCGGGCCCAGGAUCUGGCCUCCAACCAGUCGGAGCGGGACAUGGCCUGGGUGAAGAGAGUUGGGGAUGACCAGGUGAAUUUGGCGCUGGCUUACACGGAGCUGACAGAGGAGCUGGGCCGGCUUCGAGAGUUGAGUUCCCUGCAGGGGAGGAUCUUGAGGACUCUGCUGCAGGAGCAGGCUCGGAGUGGCGGCCAGAGGCACUCGCCGCUGUCGCAGCGCCACUCGCCGGCGCCCCAGUGCCCCUCGCACUCCCCGCCGGCCAGAGCGGCACCCCCAUGCCCCCCGUGCCAGUCCCCCGUCCCCCAGCGCCGCUCUCCGGGGCCCCCAUGCCCCUCGCCCCAGCAACGCCGCUCGCCGGCCUCGCCCUCCUGCCCGUCGCCCGUCCCGCAGCGCCGCUCGCCGGUGCCGCCACCGUGCCAGUCCCCCAGCCCGCAGCGCCGCUCUCCGGGGCCCCCCGCCUGCCCGGCCCCGCAGCCUCGGCCCCCGCCGCCCCCGCCGCCCGGGGAGAGGACGCUGGCCGAGCGCGCCUACGCCAAGCCGCCCAGCCACCACGUGAAGGCCGGCUUCCAGGGCCGGCGCAGCUACUCGGAGAUGGCGGAGGGCGCGGGCUACGCGGGCGCCUCCUCGCCCUGGCUGCAGGCGGAGGCGGCCACGCUGCCCAAGCCGCGGGCCUACGGCGGCGAGCUCUACGGCCCCGGCAGGCCCCUCAGCCCGCGGCGCGCCUUUGAGGGCAUCCGCCUGCGCUUCGAGAAGCAGCCGUCGGAGGAGGAGGAGUGGGCCGUGCCCGCCAGCCCGCCCAGCCCAGAGGCGGGCGCCAUCCGCUGCGCCUCGUUCUGUGCUGGCUUCCCGAUCCCCGAGUCGCCCGCCGCCACCGCCUACGUCCACGCCGAGCACGCGCAGUCCUGGCCGUCCAUCAACCUGCUGAUGGAGACAGUGGGCUCUGAUAUCCGCAGCUGCCCCCUCUGCCAGCUGGGUUUCCCUGUUGGGUACCCGGAUGAUGCUCUCAUCAAACACAUUGACUCCCACCUGGAGAACAGCAAGAUCUAGGGUGCCUCCCCCACCCACUGGCUGUUUUUCCGCCUUCUCCCAUCACCCGUAAACACUCACUUUGAAUGCUGCAUGAAUCUCGUGGGGGGCCCUUGCCCCUCGCGACCCCCAGAUACCUCCACUAGCUACCGAGUCAACGUGUGUGCCGUCUUCCCUGGUCCAGGCACCACUCAGCCCUGGCUUUUCCCAGGAGGUCAGCCGAGGCUCUCCCAGCUCCCUGGCUCCUGCUGGGAGGUGGGGGUCAGGGCUGGGAUGGGAGGGGCAUACCCCACUCAGCCUCUUCCUCUGCCUUUCUGUUUGUUCUGCACCGGUUGGAUCCAAGAAGGUGUCUAGUGCUUGGGCCUGGGGGAGGGGGAGGGUAUCAGAGGACUCCAGGCACUCCCCCAGCCCCUCCCCAGCCGUCCUUCUUUCUCAGGCUGUGCUCUGUCCAGGGAGCGCCUCCUUGUGGGGUCUCAGAGCCUGCCCUGCACACUGAUGCCAGUUGCUCCAUCCCGUGGCCAGGUUGGGGAUCAUGGCAUGGGCCCCCAUUGAGGGGAGGAGGCAUCUUGUCUCUCGCCAUCCCUGCAGGCCAGUCCUGUUCUCUCUGCUCUCCCCACCCUGGGGAAUAGGGAGGGUGGGAGAGGAGAGGGAGGGCCCUGGAGGACGGGGAGCCUCAAGCCCGGAGAGGUUGCCCUGAGGCACCGUGACCCUCAGACCAGGGCACUAUCUGUGCGGCCGGUGCCCUCCUCCCAGGGCCCCCGGCCCUUAAGGCAGAUGCUCCCCUCCACCCUGACCCCACUCACGCCCCGACACCACAGGUGCCCUGGAGCCUGUGUGUGACUCAGCCUCUGUUAGCUGGGUGGGUGUCAUCAGCCCUGCCUCCCGGGCCCGAACCUGUGGCCGGGCCCAGGGUGCUGUGGAGAUCAACUUCAAAAGAGCUAACCCCCUUCCCAACACCCCAGCAACCCACAUUCCCUCUGUGAAAUCUACCUCAGAGUCGUACCCUCAGAAGGACGGGUAAGCAGGAGGCCAGGGGGUCCCCAGGGCUGAGGUGGGGAGCUUCCUACAGCAAGAGCCUGCCGCCCCCACGAUGAAUCCAACCCCCUCCACUGCAAGCCUCUCCCGGGUCUCAGCCCAGGCGGGGGGCGGCGGUGGACGCUACUGUCAGUGCAUGUACCAUUCUGAUCCACCUCUUCCAGGCCCCCCACCUCCUCACACCCCUCCCCUCCCCCUCAGUGCAGGGGAGUGGGGGGGUGUGUCUGGCGGGGAAGGGGCCGAGGACUCCAGAGACACAUGGCAUCAUACCACCGAAGGGAAAUGGGGCAGGGGGUGGACAGGGGAGGUGGGGCCCCUGAGCUCUCUGAACAAGUUGAAAGUCCAAAUAAAACUUACCUGUUCCAUCUG